UGGUCCAGGCUACUCACAGGAACCAGGAAGUCAGUGGCCUUCUUUGGAGAAAGGCCUUCUUUCGAACCAGGCUGGGCUCUCCCAAUUUUGUCCCUUGACCUCUCCUUCCAAGUGGCCUCCUUCCAAGUUGGCACUCAGUUGUCAAGCUGCAGGCUCACUCCUUCACUCCAAGGGCCAUGGAGAAAGUAGACCCAUUCUUUGUCGUGCUACAGCACGUCUCCUCCAACCUGUCAAGGAGGGAGCUGGAAGACAUGAAAUUCCUUUGCAAGACGAAAAUUGGGAAGAGGAAGCUGCAUGAGAUUGAGCAUGGGAUCGAGCUCUUCUCAUGCCUGAUGCAGCUGAACUUACUUUCUGUGAACAAUACUGAAUUCCUGAGCUCAAUGCUCCAGAGCCUGAAGAGGGAAGAUCUGAUACAAGAGCUGGCCAAUUGUGUGAAAAACAAGCCUGGUCCUGGGGAGCAGCUCGAUCCGAAGGUGGAAGCCCAGCUGGAGGUCGCCUUCGACACCCUUUGUGACCAGGUGGGCCGGGACUGGAAGAGGCUGGUUCGGAAGCUUGGCGUUUCCCAGGUGGACAUCGACAGGAUUGUUUAUGCACAUCCUCGUGAUCUGAAGGAGCAAUUCUACCAGUCGCUAUUACUCUGGAAAAAAUCAAAUUAUAAAGAAGCUGACGUGUCCACCAUCCAGCAGGCACUUCGCGCCUGUAACCUGAACCUGACAGCAGACAUCUUAGCAGAAAAGCUGGCAAUGAUGCUGCUCUGAAAAGGCCCCCCAGACCAGAAGCCUGGACAACUGCUUCCAAACCACUUUCCUGAGUAACUUUCUUCUUUGAGAUUCAUCUGCAUGAUGAGCGAGCUAGCCCUUGAGACCUUGGUCUCCUGACAGUCAUCCAGACCCAAUUCAAGACAGACUGGACUCUCCCAUGGCCCUCCCCAUCUUCCUGCCACCUCCCUCGCCCCCUUCCACCUGCAGCCAUGAGAACUCUGAACAAAGUCCAUAAUCACUAGCCUUAUUUACCACCCCAGCUAUUCUCCAGAAAAGAACAUAAACUCCUGGAGGCAAGGCAAGAGCCUCCCUUGCUUUUCAAGAUGUUUAUCCUCAUUUGGGAGAACCUGAGGCAGUUGGGUUACUGUCACCCCUAGGUGCCCUUGUCUGGGCCCCAGCUGUGGCCCUUUGGGGCCAGAAGAGCCAAAGAACAUUUUUCAGGCCGUGAGGAAGGGCUCCUGGGUCCCCCUCUGUGGAACCCUUUUGGCCGACUCUGCCUGGGCUUUCAUCUUUUUCCCUCCCUGUCCUCUUUCACCUGAGGGCAUGGGAACUAUUUUUAUUAAAGACGUCCUCGGAACCCUCAAGGGCUGCCUUCAGGUUCCAGCUAAAAUCCCUGUGCCUUCUGCAGGCUGGGCGCCUCCAGGCCAGGGUCUUCCUCCUCUCCGAGGUCAUCGCCCCAACCUAUCCCAUACACAGCUAGUUUGUCUGCAGCUCCUUCAGAAGACGCAUUUUCUUACACUUUGUUUUGCACGCCCAGCACUCAGCACUGUGCCAGGUGCAUAGCAGGUAUUUAAUAAACGCUCAUUAA